AUGGGCAAAUCCCCAGAGGCAGAGGCGCCAGCUGAGGUGUGCCCCGUCGAUGACAAAACCCGCGCCGCGUGGUUGAAAGCAAACCCAACUGCGUCGUUCCCCAGCGCAGCGAAGGGAGCCAGCGACGCAAAGAAAGGCAAUGCCUGCGAUUCUGAAGAUAUCACCCAGGCUCCACCGGCGCAGCCUGGGCUAUUCGCGCGAUUUUUCUCUUCAACGCCUUCUGCGGAUGCGGCGGCCGUGUCGACAAGGCUCGGUACGCAGCGCGUAGUUUCGACAAUCCCUCGCGCAUCGCCCGUAGACGACACCGAAGCCUCGAAGCCGGCGAAUAGCGAGAAGGAGAGCGGAGUUAGUGCGAGUGGGAACUGGAUAUACCCUUCAGAGAAGAUGUUCUUUGAUGCAAUGAAGAGAAAGGGCCACUCCAGCGAUCCUAAAGAAAUGAAGACAAUCGUACCGAUACACAAUGCAGUAAACGAGCGGGCAUGGAAAGAAAUCAAGGAAUGGGAGGAGCCAUAUGGUGCAGACGAGAAAUGCGGAGGCCCUAGGCUACACUCAUUCCUGGGACUCUCGACUUCGAUGUCUCCCAAGGCACGCUUCAACAGUCUGUUGGGGUAUACUACACCUUUUGAUCGCCAUGACUGGAUUGUUGAUAGGUGCGGCAAGAAGGUUGAGUACAUCAUUGACUUCUAUGCUGGCAAGGAUGAGGGAAAAGCCAAUGGCAAGCUGAGCUUCUACUUGGAUGUGAGGCCAAAGCUCAACAGCUUUGAAGGCUGGAAGAUGAGAGCCGCGAAGACGGUUGGUCUUGUAUAG